AGUGUGCGCAUGCGCGGCCAGAAGACGAGGAGCGAGAGGAAGGGGGAGUCGGUAGUGAAUCGGUGAAGCAUUAGUGAAGCAGUGUUCCACCAUGGAGAGUAUGAGAGGGCGAUGAGAGAGCACAGACUGACCCCUUGCUCCACACCGCCAUCCUCCGCUCCAGCACUAUGCUCGUCUCGCCGCCUCUACUCAGGUGAUCGAGUUCCGGUCGCUGAAUGGCGCUGGUUACCGUGCAACGUUCACCGACCCCCAGCACCACCUCCAGCCCCUGCGUGUCGGAGUCUGGCAGUGGGGAGGAUGAUCGUCGCUCUCAACCUCGCAGCAUCAGUGAAAGUUUCCUGACAGUUAAAGGAGCAGCGCUCUUCUUACCUCGAGGAAAUGGCUCCUCCCCUUCUUCCUCGGCUUCCCGCUUCUCCCAGCUGCGGAGCAAACAUGCAGGAGACAUUCAGCAGCAUCUGCAGACCAUGUUCACUGUCCUCAGACCAGAGGACAACAUCAAACUGGCGGUCCGGUUGGAGAGCGCCCACGCUCAGGUGACGCGCUACAUGGUGGUGGUGUCCACCAACGGGCGUCAGGACACGGAGGAGAGCGUUGUCCUCGGAGUGGACUUCAGUCCAGUGGACAGUUCGUGUUCUGUGGGGUUGGUUCUUCCUCUGUGGAGCGAUACAUUGAUACAUCUGGAUGGAGACGGGGGCUUCAGCGUGUCCACCGACAGCAGAGUGCACGUGUUCAAGCCCGUCUCUGUGCAAGCCAUGUGGUCGGCACUCCAGUCGCUGCACAAAGCCUGCGAGGUGGCGCGCUGUCACAACUACUUCCCAGGAAGCUUGUUCCUCACCUGGGUCAGCUACUACCAGAGCCGUGUCUCCUCGGACCAGGCCCGGAUCAACGAGUGGAACGCCAUGCAGGACCUGCAGUCGCACCGCGCCGACUCCCCCGUCCUCUUCUCGGAUGCGCCCACAGAGCGAGAGCUGACCGAGCGUGAGAUCAAAAGCAGUUUGAGGGAAAUCAUGAUGCAGAAAGAUCUGGAAAACGUCACCUGCAAGGAGAUCCGCACUGAGCUGGAGAUGCACAUGACGUGCAACCUGAGAGAGUUUAAAGAGUUCAUCGACAACGAGAUGAUCGUCAUCCUGGGUCAGAUGGACAGUCCCACUCAGAUCUUUGAUCAUGUCUUCUUGGGAUCUGAGUGGAAUGCAUCCAAUUUGGAGGAGUUGCAGAAUAGCGGAGUCAUGUACAUCCUGAAUGUGACGCGGGAAAUCGACAACUUCUUCCCUGGUCUGUUUGAGUACCACAACAUCCGAGUGUACGACGAGGAAGCCACCGAUCUGCUGGCCUACUGGAACGACACCUACAAGUUCAUAUCCAGAGCCAAGAAAGCCGGCUCCAAAUGUUUGGUGCACUGUAAAAUGGGAAUCAGUCGCUCGGCGGCCACGGUCAUUGCCUACGCCAUGAAGGAGUACGGCUGGGAUCUGAGAAAGGCUUUCGACUAUGUGAAGGAACGCAGAGCGGUGACCAAACCUAACCCCUCCUUCAUGAGGCAGCUGGAGGAGUACCAGGGCAUCCUGCUGGCCAGCAAACAGAGGCACAACAAACUUUGGCGGUCUCACUCUGAUAGCGACCUCUCUGAGCACCACGAGCCUCUGUCCAAACCUUACCCACAACCACACAGCCUGGGACGCUCAGACCCCUGCAACCAGGUGACUGGCCCGCUUGGUCCCUCUGUGAAAGAGCUGUUGGAGCCGCUGGGGCCUGGCACAGCGGCACAAGUCACCAAGAAGCCGGACAUCCCGUCUCGUCCAUUUAGCUCACCACCAUGUGACGGAGCAACAGCUUUGUCAUCCAACGCUCCUCCGGUCAGCUGGCUGGACCCGCCCCCUCCUGAGCUGCCUGUGUCGCCGUUAUCGCCGCCGCUCUCUAAUGGCGUAAUCGAGCCAGAGGAGCAGCCAUCUUCGUCGCCGCCUCCUCUCUUGCUGCCGACAGCUGCCACCGUGGUACCGGAGCCUCAGCGCAUGGACGCCGUGACGGUGGCGCAGAGUGUCGCAUUGGGCCAGCCCCACCCACCGCCUUCCCUGCACCACCUGCCCCCCUCCCCUGCUCCAUCACCACCUCCGGCCUGCGUGGACAAGGUCAUCAAGUCACGGGCGGUGUCCCGCUCUCCGCCUGGGAACAGACAAUCGCUCGUGCCUCAGCCCGCCACACAGCCUCCCGCGCCAGUGCCUGUCUACAAAUCAGACUGCCUGAUUCUGGAUGGUUCUGCAGCUCGUGACCUCGUCAGCUCUCCUUGUGCCAACUCUCAUGAGCUGUUUGGCCACAGCACCGAUCACAUCAACUUCUUUAGCGCCAGGGAAAAGUUCAAAGGGAUGACCCAGGAUGCUGCCGUGCAGCAGCAUUCCCCGCCCAAGCACGCAACACCUCCCGAAGUCCUGACUGCUGAUGGCAAGGAGGAGCAGAAAAGAAAGGAGCAGGUGGUCUUUCCUGUGCAGGUCACGGGAUUGAAGCCGACGGUGCACUCUGAUUGGUCCAGGCUCUGCCAACCAGAGCAGGCAGACCAGGAAGCUAGGAAGUCCAAGCAGGAAGUGGAGGGUGGAGAUAUCUUUUGUCCGAGUGCCAAGCAGGACGUGAAAAACAAAGAGGAAGAAGAGGCGGGCGCCAUUCUCUACAGUGAUUGGACAAGAGGUUCUGUGCGGCGUGUCACUCGUCAGCUGGAGCGCAGGAUAAAACAUGACGCCCCGUCACCUCCGUUAUCUGCUCCGUCCCACUCAGGAAGCUCCCCCCUCUCUCGGCGGCACGCCCACAGCACGUAUGCACAACCAAUGUCAGCGCCCCCCCUUGAGGUCCUCACUGUGCAGCAAGCAAUGGCAGCUGGCAACAUCGGGAAUAAAGACAGCGUCGGCGUUGAACAGCGUGACUGUGCGUUGUCUACCUCGGCUGCUUCCCCCCUCUCCUCUGUCAACUUCCUGUGUCUGGAAGGUGUGACAGAACAUGAGUCGGGCACGGACUGGGAUGACCCCCCCGGGGGUCCCUUCAGUGACGUGAUCAUGAAGGAGACGUGGGAGACGCUGUGCGAGCUGGGCGCCUUCCUGCAGCAGGUGAGCGUGGGUGGAGCUUGCAGGCCCAGCUGUGUGGACCAGGUCUUGGAACCGAGCACUGCAGCCAGUCAGAAGCGAUCCAGCGGCGUGCAGAGGAACGUCCGAGAGGUGGAGGCCAGGCUUCGCCAAGCGGGUCUGACCCCUCCCUCUCUGAUGAAGCGCUCAGCCUCACUGGCCAAGCUGGGCUGUUUAGAGCUGCUCGCCAACGACCUUACCGAAUGGGAGCUCAGCUGGGGCUCAGCGGCGCCGGCCUCCAUGGAGCUUCCGGUCCACGCGGGCGGAGAUGAUCCCAAAAAGCAGCGUGUCCAUGACACCCCCUCCUCAGCCAACCAGCAGCCUGCUGUGGCCGUGGAGAGCCUCCGCAACCUGGAGGACACCACAUCAGGAGACGGCCCUCCGAGCCCACUGAGCCUGAUGUGUCCGCCUGCACUACCGCUCUUAAUCACUAGGCAGCAGUAUGGAAGAAGUCAUCCUGUGAGGCGCCUCAAGAAAACUACUGUUAGCGCCCUCUACCACACCAUGUAAACACGUGUGUGUGAGUGUGCACAAAGCAUUGCCUCUUGCCUUAAACCACUUUUGACCUGUGACUUUUUGAGAACGUAUGACCGUUAAAUCAGUCCAACUACAAAGCGACACACAUUCCCUCCCUUUCUUCCCGCUUCUUGGGUUUUAAAGCUUGUGGUUUGCUGGAAUGUUGUAAUGUAAUGUUCCAACAUAGUUCAUCCAGAAUGUUCUUCCACUUGAUGAUGCACAGCCAAUCAGUCAGGUCACAUGGUCAGUGGCAGGCCAAUCACAGGUCACAUGCUUGUACAGUUGUUGUUUUUUUAAGUAGUUAUUUGAUGACGCGAUACCUCGGAAGCACAUGUGACCUGCACAUCUGGAAUGUUCCACCUCCAUCAGCAACGCAUCGCCUCCAAGUGCUGAUGCCACUCACACUGGAUGUGUGUGUUUACAAUAUGUCUGACUGCAAUGUUGAACGUGACUUUUUUUUAGGAAACUUAAGUUUUUUUUAAAAUAUCUUUUUCAAGUUGCUGUGAGAAGCACAACUUUUUUAAAAACUGUUAUCGCGUGUGCGUGGCAAGUGAAGCUUUUUUGUUCUGUCACAUGCACUUUACUUACUUUCCUUUUUUAAUUUUGACAAUGUGUUUUUUUAUGAGGUUGCUACCUGCGGGGAGGGGGAGGGUCAUGUUGUGAUGUUAGAAAGCUUUUUAUGUGUGUGUUAUAUUCCUUUUAAUUUAAAGCUAUCAGUGUAAAUUUUCUUUUAUAUCAUGUCCUUCUACUGUGACCAUUAAACUGA